CUUUUUUCUUUUUUUAUUGAAAACCAUGAGUCAACUUAUUACUGAACUAAGGCCGAUUGAUUUAAGCCUUGCGGAAACAAAACCAGCACUGAUAGCUGUCAGUCCUACAGUUUCAAUUCAAACGGCUUUGAACCUUAUGUCACAUAACAAGAUCACAUCCCUCCCGAUGUAUUCUCACAAGAACACGGAUAUUGUUAGUAUUAUCAAUCUGCUGGAUAUCUUGCUUUAUCUUGUACAAGGCAAGGAAAUUGAAAAGGAACAACUAAACUUACAGGAUCCAGUUGAGUCCGUCUUGGGUCUCGAUAUUGACAGAGAAAGUUAUCGGAUGCAUAAAACUGACCGUUCUGACAGACUUAUAGAGACUUUACGUGCAUUUGCCUCGGGUAAACAUCGUUCACUUGUCGUUAACUUUAAUGAUCCUCAAGACAAGUGCUGGCUUCUCUCACAGACAGAUAUCAUCCGACAUAUUGUCAACCACCCAGAUUCAGUCUCCGGUUUACUGGAUUUAGAAAAGUCAGUUCAAGAUCUCACGGUACUUUCUGAACAGCAACUCGUCACUGCAUCCGAUGAAGAAACAGCCUUAAAUGUGUAUCGAUUUAUGGCAAACAAAAAUUUUAGCGGAUUGCCUGUUGUAGACAAGCAAGGUCAAUUUAUAGCAGAUUUAUGCGUGGAAGACCUACCCAAUGCCAAUUUGGAAACAAUCGAUCAGUUGGCUUUGCCUUGUAAAGAGUAUGUCAAGAAAUCAUCACAUCAUUCAACACCUUCAGUUGCAACGCCUGAUACUCCAUUGAAAAACAUUUUGGACACUAUGAUUCAAAAGGAUACCCACAGAGUCUGGAUUUUGGAUUCAAAUAAUUCUAAAAAAGUAAAGGGCGUCAUCACCAUGUCAGAUAUCAUAGCGCUCCUAUGUCAACACGCCCAACCUUCCCUUUUUUAAUGGUUUAUUGAUGUUUAUGCAUAAUGGCCACAGCAACUGAACCAAGUGUUUGUCUAAUGUACUCUCUUUCAACAUCGUGACCUAGUAACACAUAUUUUAGCACUUCUUUUAUAUAUAUAAAAAAAAUUCUUACUGUC